GUUGAAGAGGAUGGAGAUGAAGAAGAAGAACGCCAUCCAUCAACAUCUCAAGAUGCUUUAACAACGGCAGAACAAAACUAUUUCUCAACGUAUUACCAUCAUCCAAGUUUGCCACCGCUGGGUCAUUCACGGCCCUAUUAUCAAGCCACAGAAGAACCCUUCUUUCGAACCUUUCUCAAUCAGCAGCAUCAGAAGCAUUUUCUCACCAAGGCACGGCCACAAGCUUUUACACAUUAUGAUGCCAGCAUAUUGGGGUCAGGUGAUUUUGGAAUACUUCGUGGUGGUACAUUCUACUCCGACGAAGAUCUUGGAUAUCAUCAGGAGGGUACUGGAGAUUUUUAUUACACAGAUGCCAGCAGCAAUUCACAUAGUGGCCCAGCCACAGAAGGUUUUAUACAAAAAUACACCUACCCUGAAGAACAAUUCGCACAAUUUCGUGAUUUUGCUGAUUUAAAUGCUCCCUCGGAAGCUGAUUUUUCCCAAUAUGUUGUUGUUUAUGCUGCCAAAAAUGCAACCAAUACCAAGCCAGAGAAGAGACAUAGACCCAAUAAUAUUUUCGAACAAUUGCAACAAAUCGAUGAAGAGAAGGCAGCUGAAGAGAGAAAAUUGAAAAAGAAUGUCUCGACAAAGAAAAUGAAAUUGGUUAAAACGAAAAUUGUCAAAAAGAAAUGGAUACCGAAAGUGCCAAAAGUAGCCGAAGAAGAUCCUUUGUUGGCUUUGAGUUAA